AUGGUCAAAGAGACCAAAUACUACGACGUCCUUGGCGUUUCGCCAACCGCCACCGACCAGGAACUCAAGAAGGCAUACAAGACCGGCGCCCUGAAGUUCCACCCUGACAAGAACGCCAACAACCCUGACGCUGAGGCAAAGUUCAAGGAGAUUUCACAUGCCUACGAAAUUCUUUCCGAUUCCCAGAAGCGGACCGUCUACGAUCAAUAUGGCGAGGCCGGCCUUGAAGGAGGCGCCGGGGGCGGCGGCAUGGCUGCUGAAGACCUAUUCGCCCAGUUCUUUGGCGGCGGUCAAGGCUUUGGCGGCGGUCUAGGCGGCAUGUUUGGCGGUAUGGGCGGACAGUCUCGCGGACCACCCAAAGCACGCACCAUCCACCACACGCACAAGGUCUCCCUCGAGGACGUCUACCGAGGCAAGGUCUCCAAGUUGGCAUUACAGCGCUCCGUCAUCUGCCCCAAGUGUGAGGGACGAGGUGGUAAAGAGGGUGCCGUUCGGCGCUGCGCCGGCUGUGAUGGCCACGGUAUGAAGACUAUGAUGCGACAAAUGGGCCCGAUGAUCCAGCGGUUCCAGACCGUCUGCCCCGACUGCAACGGCGAGGGUGAAAUUAUCAAGGACAAGGACCGAUGCAAGGCAUGCAGUGGUAAGAAGACCAUCGUCGACCGGAAGGUUCUCCAUGUUCACGUCGAUCGUGGCGUCCGAAGCGGUACGAAGGUCGAGUUCAGGGGAGAGGGUGACCAAGCCCCGGGUGUGCAAGCCGGUGAUGUGGUCUUCGAGAUCGAACAGAAGCCGCACCCUAGAUUCACCCGAAAGGAGGAUGACCUGCUGUACCGGUGCGAGAUCGAGCUCGUGACCGCUUUGGCAGGAGGUACAAUCUACAUCGAGCACCUGGAUGAGAGAUGGCUGACCGUUGAGAUCAUGCCUGGCGAGGCUAUCGCACCUGAUGCUGUGAAGAUGCUCCGUUCACAGGGUAUGCCAUCACCCCGGCACCACGAGAACGGCAACAUGUUCAUCCAGUUCGCCGUCAAAUUUCCCGAGCACGGCUGGACUCAAGAUCCUGAAGCAUUUGAGGCCCUUCGAAAGAUCCUUCCGGCUCCUGCGGUCCAGGCCAUUCCACCUGCUGACGCGAUGACGGACGAUGCGGAGCUCGAAGAUGUUGAGACCCAGGGCCAGGCCAGGGCCUUCAAUGGUGCACAGGGGAUGGAUGAGGAUGACGAAGACGGCAAUCCUCAUGCGGAACGUGUGCAAUGUGCGUCCCAGUAA